AUGUCACCAAUCAUUCACUGUGUCCGUCAUGCACAGGGCUUUCAUAACCUCAGCCACGCCAACCACAUCAUCCCGGACCCCCUCCUAACCCCACACGGCGAAUCGCAAUGUAGAGACCUCAGCGCGGAAUUCCCGCACCACUCCCAGAUCGACCUCGUCGUUGCCUCCCCUCUCCGACGCACGAUAUACACCGCGUUACUAGCAUUUGAAGAUCAAAUUAAGAAUAAGGGAUUGACGAUCAUUGCGCUGCCAGAGAUCCAAGAGACGAGCGACGUGCCAUGCGAUGUUGGCAGUGACUUGACAGUGCUGCAAAAGGAGGUGGAUGAUAAUGGGCUCCCGGUAGAUUUGAAAUUAGUAGGGGAGGAUUGGAAUUCGAAGAAAGAAAAAUGGGCACCUAGUGCUGAGGCGAUUGCGAAUCGUGCUAGGGAAGCGCGACGUUGGUUAAAAGCUCGACCGGAAAAGGAGAUUGUGAUUGUAACGCAUGGAGGAUUUCUACAUUAUUUCACGGAGGACUGGGAAGAUAGCACACUUUACCAAGGCACCGGAUGGCGCAAUACCGAAUACCGCACCUACACCUUCGCCGCCUCCGUGGACCAAGAUGAUCUAUACGGUCGCCCCGUGGACGGCGACAAUGCCAGCAUCAUAGAAACACGAGAGUCACGCACACGCCGUGGGAGACCGGCCGAGGCGCCCUCCCGUGACCUGCAGAAGCAAUUCUUCGUUCAGGCUAUGACAGGUUGGGAGAAUCAGAUUUUAGAAUUUGCUAAGCAGGAAGCGGCGAAGAAGGGGCCAGCCGGUGUCGAUAUUGAAGAGAAUGCGGGGGAGAAGGUUGUUAUAGCAGACGGGGCCGAGGAUGUGAGAGUCAUUGCUUAG